AUUGACAUGUCGAAAUCAAUGACUGAGUCAGCGGCGAUAUCUGUAGAGAAUACCACCAAAAAGAUGACCGUUUUCUGGCUCUCCUUUAUACCAAAUCUAAAUUCCAUACAUCCGGAUACUGCCGCGACCAUUCUGAAUUUAUCGGAACCGAAACCAAAGGGGAGAGGAGAACCGUACAGCAUUUUUACGCCAUUUCUCGGUGAUGGCUUAGUUGUCAGCAAUGGGUCCAAAUGGGAACGAAACCGGAAGUUACUUACACACGCAUUCCAUUUUGACGUGUUACGACCUUAUGUCAGCAUCUACAACGAGGCUACCGACAUAUUACUGGACAAGUUUGCAAAACAAAUGUCACAGGGUCCUGAAAGCGUCGACGUUAUGGAUUCAUUAAACUUAAUCACUUUGGAUGUUAUCAUGCGAUGCUCGCUUUCCUAUGAUGGAAAUAUCCAGGAACACGAAAACCAUCCUUAUGUUAAAGCCAUACACGAAAUCACCAGACUAUCUAUGGAGCGAUUAAGUAAGCCCUGGCAUUUUCUGUCGUGGAGUCUCUUCAUGAUGUCUGAGAACGGGAAGGAUUACAAGAGAAACGUUGAUUUCAUCCAUAAAUUUGCAAAGGAAAUCAUUGUGAAAAGGAGACAGGAAAUAGCGGAGGAUCCGACGUUAAUCAAACAAAAGCGGAAGUUAGAUUUCCUGGAUGUUUUGCUAACAGCAAAAGAUGAGUCUGGAUCAGGAUUGAGUGAUGUAGAAAUCCUAGACGAAGUUAGUACCUUCAUGUUUGCUGGUCAUGAUACCACCAAGGCUUCCUUGGGAUGGGCUAUAUACCAUCUUGGAAAAUAUCCAGAGGAACAAGAAAAACUUUACCAAGAAGUGUGUAAAGUCACGGGAGACAGGAAAAACAUUGAAUGGGAAGAUCUUAGUAAGCUACAAAGGAUGACGAUGUUUUUGAAGGAGACAUUAAGAAUGUAUCCACCGGCAGGAUCGACGAACCGAACCCUAACACGGCCACUAGAAAUUGAGGGAGUCACCAUUCCUGCCGGAAAUGUAGUUGGUGUCAAUAUUCUAGCUAUUCACUAUCGACCUGAUAUCUUUCCUAACCCAACCGAAUUCCGCCCAGAAAGGUUUCUUCCAGAAAAUACAGAAAAGAGACAUCCUUAUGCCUUCCUGGCAUUCUCAGCAGGAUCAAGGAAUUGUAUCGGAAGAACCUUCUCAGUCAACGAGCAAAAAGUGGUACUGUCUAGAUUAUUGAAACGGUUUAAGGUUGUACUGGAUGAAGACCACAAAGUGACACCAAUACCACAGUUCAUACUCCAAGCCAAAGACGGCAUCAAAGUCCGCUUUGAAGAGAGAUAAAUACCGUAUGUUGUGGAAGAAAGUGGUCCCUUUGUGUGGGUUUCCUAUAUCACCGUGUAACCAUAUACAUACAGAACUGCUGUUAAAUAUAUAAACUGCCACUGACAACGUCUGUAUCGAUUUUGUAUAAUGUCAAUACAGAAUGUGACGCCGGAAAGAUACUAUGGUAUAUAGUAGAAUGAUAUACGUUCGUCUCAUUGAAAUAUUUCGUCUUUGUAAUGCCAGUAUGCAUGUAAAUAUUUGUAUAUGUCAAAACAUGUUGAAGGUGACAGAAUGCAAGUAAUGUAUAUAACAAAAUAGUAAUUGACAAUCCAAGGCGUUACAUUUUGCACAUCCGUUUUAUCUGUUUAGAUUCUCAAGUGCAUAGUUUUCUCUGUUUAUGUAUAUGAAUUUAAUACCGGUCACCAUCAGGCGAACUAUCUAGGUCAGUCAUUGUCAUGUUUAAUUCUCUUUAUAUACUUUAUGCACUCAUAUUGUACAUACGGGUAUUUACAAAAUAUAUUUACAGUAUUAUGUAUAACAUUAAAUAUAACGACUGUGGCUUUUUGUGUUGAUGUCAGAGUGAAUAUUUAACUAGAUAUUGAGUCGUCUUUGAAAAAUGACCUCUGAAUUGGCGAAAAAAAGUCGAUAUCCAAACGGGUUGCACUUUCCUUGACAACAGUUGCUAUCAGGUGGUGCUAGAACAACAUACUAAUUACCAUGUUCAUAACUAUGAUGUGCUAUGUUAGACCUGCGUCAUUUGUUUUAAGUAAGAUGCUUUUCUCUGAUUGUUUCUCUUGUUCUUCAUAUAUUCAUUACCAUUUUAAUGUGUUUGUGCAUACAAUAUUAUAUAAAGCAUAAUCAUUUAGAAAUG